AUGUACACUAACAACCCAUAUGCACAGGCAGGAUGGUCUAAUCCUCAAAAUCCUCACUCAAUCAACGAGCGACCAUCACUGAACGCUAUCCUCGCAGCGUGUCCACCGACAUAUGGUGCACUUCCUCCAUAUCAAGUGGACGUCAAGGAGAAUAUAAACCUUACAUUUCAGUUUCUAUGCGCUGAUGAUGCGCUGAACUGUAUCAUCAUUGGACCGAACAGCAAAAAGUUGUUUGAAGUCCGAACUACCCAAAAUGUCACGAGAGUCAUUGAUGAGAGUAACGAUGUCUUUGGAAACAUACGGUGGUCCAGUCAUCCAACUUUGGAGCUACACCGCGAGGACCUGCGAUCCCCAGAACCUAUGGCUCGCAUAGCCUAUCACACAACUAAACAGGGUCAACAGAUCAUUUUAGAGCUGGUCACGGAGGCCGUUCAACAGGGCCUCCUUCAACCAUGCAUAAUGGCAACCAUCUUGCUCUCGACAUCUCGGUUUCUUGAUUAG